AUGAAUAAUAAUAAACUAAAUAACAGUUUUCCAGAAAACCUAUGUAAUAAGAGAUAAAAUUGUAAAAUCAGAUACUUCAAUGGUAAUCUUAAAAAUUAGAAAAAAUUACCUGAAAUAUUAAAGAAGUCUAACCAGAAAAAGGGAAGUGUCUUAAGAUAAUCUAAAAAUAGAUUAAUGUCUUAAGGGAAUUUCUUUAGCAUCUUAAUAAUAAUUUUAGAAAUAAUAUAAAACAUUUAAAAUCAUUAAGAAAUGUGCAAUUAUAUGGUAGUAAUGAUGAUCAAUAUAUCUAUUUAAAUGAAUUAUUUAACUCCAUUUUAUUUUUAAAAAAGAAUUCAAAUAAAAAUAAACUUAUGA